ACAGGCAUCACGCUCAGACAGAUGUAGCCUAAGUUUAGCACAACAUGGAAAUUACUUUUCUGGCAGUUCUUCUAUCUGUUUGCAGGUACGCUAUAUGUAAAGACUCGAACGUAUUUAAUGAGGAUGUCUUUGAUUUCGCUGUAGGGGUCGAUAAACUGUUCGUCCUUACGGAUACUCAGCUUCAUCAGGUGACGGUUGACCUUAAACCGGAGACGCGGAAAGAGAUAUCAAAUGCAACAGCUUCAAACAAAGUGAGGACUUUGGUUCCUUUCAUCAGUAAUGGCUCAGUGAUAACAUGUGGAUCAUACGACAUCGGAUACUGUGAAGUGCUAGACAUCAAUGACAUCUCUAAAACAAAACACAGGGAAUCCAUCGCCAUUGGAGCAUACCCAAACAUAGCGGCGAUUGUUGGCCACAGAGAUGAUAAAUACGUACUGGUUGGCAGAAAUGAAAAGACAAAAUGGGGCAGCGAUGCCUUGGUUACUCUGCGGAAUACAAAAGACGGACAAUAUGGCGGUAUUUUCUCUAAAAAAAGUCCAGGUUUUGUCGAAGCAUGCAUUCACAAUAUUCCCGAAAUCGAGGUCGAGUUUGUUGAUGGUUUCCAGAUUGCUGCAUCCCCGCAGGUAUACCUACUUUUGAACGAAAAGAAUGUAAGCCUAUCGGAGUCUAAAGUGAAACUUUUAAGCUUGGUCAUGGAAAACACCAAAUCGAAGACGUUUACCACUCUCCAAGGUGCGAUCCUGCAGUGCUGUGUGGGUGACAAACCUUGGAAACUUCUGUCCUCGGCUGUUGUUCCAGGAGGGUCUCCCAUCCUUUGGGCAGGUGUCUUUCAGAACGAGACGAACCCCAGAGAAACCGUGGUGGCAAUAUUCGAUAUCAGCCGAUCGCACACAGCGCCUGUUUCAGGAUUCUGUAUCAACAAAGGCGACUCAUGUGAUUCAAAAGAUGUAGUACAGUCUAUUGAUAAAGUUCUCAGGCCAGCUGCUGUGGUCUUCAGAUACAGUUCCAUCACAUCUGUCGCUGCCUUGAAGAGCAACUCUUGGACUGUUCUUUUCUUUGGCACUGGAACGGGACUGCUGAUCAAGGUUGCUCUGGAUGAGUCCUUCAAACCUGACUGCCCUACUGUGCUGUACAGUUUAGAUGAGGAUCGGAAGUUUUUACCCAAAAUGCUCUUUGCUCCAGUGAAUCCCACAGACGUGUACGUGGCUGAGGGAAACCAGAUGAUAAAGGUACCUGUGGCCAGGUGUGGUGUGUAUCAAACUCUGAUGGACUGCUGGUCGGCCCUGGACCCCUUCUGUGGCUGGUGUGUGUCUCAGAGCAGAUGCACGUUUCAGCAUGCCUGUUCCAGCUCUGACUGGGUCUCGGUUCCUGGGACGUCCCAGCUGAGGGACAUUAUUUCUGUCCACAUGGUCAGCACUGGGCAGGACAUCACAGUGACGGCUGCACCCAACCUGAACGGAGGCAUCCGUUUCUCAUGUGCUUUAGAGAAGUGUGACAGUCCAGGCCCCUCCAACUGUUCCUGUAGCUUCUCUAUUGAGAGCUUCCCUGCUGAAGGACUCAGCCUAAGAGUUACGAUCACAGUCCAGACGGAGACGCUCACUAAGGACGUGCUUUUGAAAAAGUGCUCCAGCAUCACAGGAACACCAACUUCUGCUUUGUGUAUGGAGUGCUUCUCUGCAGGGUGUUUGUGGUCUCUCUCAGGUGAUGCUUGUACCUGGAGGACAGUAUCCACAAAGGCUUAUGAAACCUCACAGGAUAUAUGUAAAAACAUCAUACUGGGGCAAAACUACACAAAGCCAGAGAUUCUAUCCAUGACACCUGAUGAGGUUUCCAUCCAUGGCCGAAACCGUGCAGUUAUUAAAGGAAGAAACCUGGAAUCAGUCACAAAGGUCCGUUUCCAAGGAAACAUGGACUGCAAUCCAAAAGAGUCCCCAGUGUUGUCCCGUUCUAGAAACUCCACUUCCCAUGAGUCUCUGGCAUUCCAUAUUCCGACCAGAGCCGUGAAAGACACUGUAGGAGUGUGCUUGCUGACGGCUGAUGGCCAGUGUCAUGGCAACGUCAAACUGACCUACGACUCCCCUCCAAUCUGCAAUCGUCUGGAACCAAAGACUACAUGGGUCAGUGGAGGCAGAGAGAUCAUGUUUAACGGUUCUAACCUGAAGUUUGUGGAAAAGGUGAAGCACAAAGAUGAACCUGAGGAGCUCACCCUCAAGAAAAAGAAGGAGACGUUGGUCUACUUCACCCCUGCUGGUGUGCUGGACUCUGCUGGGUCCAGACAGGUGUCUGUGGAGCUGCUGGUGGGGAACACCUCAGUGACCUGCAGAGAGGAGCUCACCUACCUCCCAGACCCACAAUUCACCAGCUUCACCACCACACGCACUGGCAACGACAUGUCCGUCAUCAUACAGAAAACUGUAGACUCCCUGGAGCUGAAAGACUCAGAGAUCGAGGUCCGGGCCAUGCAGGGGGAGGUGCCCCAUCACUGUAAGAUAGAACGAAUCGAAGACCACACCUCAGUUCUCUGUGUUAUUGAAAACCAGCAGGACAUCAGCAUAGACUUACUGAAGAUCGCUGUUGGAAAUUUUUCAUACGAACUUCAAAAGAGCCGGAACCUGCUCUACAUCAUUGCCAUCUCCACCUGUACCACAUUAGCCAUUUGUGUGGCAGUGGUGCUGGUGGGUGUGUACUUCCAUCGUAAGAAGCAGAGCAUGCUAAAAGAUCAGAUGCAAAAGCGAAUUGAGACGAUCGAAUGCCAGAUCCGCAAUGACAUCCGCCAAGGUUUUGUGGAUUUGCAGACAUCGGAGAAAUCGGAGCUGAUUCCCAGCACAGGAGCCAUUCCGUUCCUGGACUACAAGCAUUUUGCUUCUAGAAUCUUCUUUCCUGAGGGAGGACCCUUGGCAACAUCUAUGAUGAAAGACAUAACUCAGCUGUCCGUGAAGGAGCAUCAGGACCAGAGGUGCAAAGCGCUCUCCCACCUGCUCAGAGAUCAGCUCUUCCUCACCUCGUUCGUCCACACGCUGGAGGAGCAGAAGAGCUUCCUCGUCAAAGACAAGGUGAUGGUGGCGUCCCUGUUGACGCUGGCGCUGCAUGACGACCUGCCGUACCUGACGCAGGUGAUGGAGGGGCUGCUGGUGUCGCUGAUGGAGCAGCCCAGUAACGCCCAGCCCAAGCUGCUGCUGCGCCGCACCGAGUCCAUCGUGGAGAAGCUGCUCACCAACUGGAUGUCCAUCUGCCUCUACGGCUUCCUCAGGGAGAGUGUGGGGCAGCCGCUGUACCUGCUGGUGUGUGCGUUGAUGGAGCAGAUCAGUAAAGGCCCGGUGGACUCGGUCACAGGGAAAGCCCUCUACACCCUCAACGAAGACUGGCUGCUGUGGCAGGCCCAGGACUUCAACUCACUGAAGCUGACGGUGCUGUUUGCGGUGGGCACGGAGGGGGAGGUGAGUGAGCCGCUGGACAUCUCUGCGCUGGACUGUGACACGGUGGAGCAGGUGAAGGAGAAGAUCCUGCUCACCUUCCACCGCAAGUUCGGCUUCCGCUACACACAGCAGCUCCGCGACAUCGACAUCGAGUAUGAGCGUGAUGGGCAUUAUGAGGCCCUACAGGAAGUGGACGGCAGCUCAGAGAUGAUGGGGGAAGUCACCAUGCUCAACACCCUCAAACAUUACAAGAUCCCUGACGGGGCCACCAUCAAGGUCAUCACAAGGAAAGUGCAGCUUCCUCAGAGCCCUACACUCAGUUUCAAAGAGGAACCUGACUUUGAAACAAAGUACUAUCACCUGAUUGACCCCGAGCUAGCAGACAGCAAAAGUGCAGAGGGGAAAAAACUCAAGGUCAAAGAGGUGUAUCUUACCAAGCUGCUCUCUACCAAGGUGGCUGUGCAUUCCUAUGUAGAGAAUCUCUUCAGAACCAUCUGGGGUAUGACCAAUAACAAUAAGCCUCUACAUGCCGUCAAGCACUUCUUUGAUUUCCUGGACGGCCAGGCAGAAAACAAGAAGAUCAGUGACCCUGAUGUGGUGCACAUUUGGAAGACCAACAGCCUGCCUCUGCGCUUCUGGGUGAACAUUCUGAAGAACCCCCAGUUUGUGUUUGACCUGGAGAAGACGCCACACCUGGACGGCUGCCUGUCUGUCGUAGCUCAGGCCUUCAUGGACUCCUUCUCCCUCACCGAGCAACAGCUUGGGAAGCACGCCCCGACCAAUAAGCUACUGUAUGCCAAAGACAUCCCUCAAUAUAAGCAGGAAGUGAAGGCCUACUACAACAAGGUGAAGGACCAAUCAGCACUCGACAGCUCGGAGUUCAAAGAGUUCCUGGAGCAGGAAUCAAAGAAACAUGAAAAUGAGUUCAAUGAAUCUGUGGCCCUCGGUGAAAUCUACAAAUUCCUUUCUCGUUACUUUAACGAGAUCUCACAGACACUGAAACAGAACAGUGCCCCAUCUGGGCUGACAGAGGAACUGCAGAAGGUGAAAGAGCUGUUUGAGAGCAACAAGAAGACGGCCUGGGAGUGAAGACCGUGGGUGGCUCUUAAACUCUGUCCUCCAUCCUCGAUGCUCGGUCCUCGAGGCUCUUUCCCACUAAUCUAUAACUAACACUGGAUAGAAUAUCCCAUUGUUGCCGCCCAUCAUUCUUUACCUAGAUCAGUGAGGACGAGGAUCGAGGAAGGAAGGGAGGGUGUAUAAAAGACCAAAUGAGAGGCACCCCCCGUUUCCUUAAAAGGGUUCUAGUUCUAGUGAGAACAGUGAAAUGUAAUGCAAUCGAAUGUCCAGAGCAGAGUGCACCACACUCAUGCCAGCGGCGUGUACGUACGGAGCGCUUUACGUUCUUGUUGUCCACUUCUGUCUGCUAAUACUCAGACAGAACUUAAAGGCCGGUGCCCACCGGACACGGCGUUCAGUGUGUGUGGUGUGGACUUGAUGUGCACGGUUUUAGAACAGUUUUCAAUCCCUUUGCGGCUGCUGCGCGGCAGGCGUUUCUAGUGGGCUUUGCUCUCCGUUAAAAACAAUGGAGUUCUAUUUUUUUUUUCUUGUCGUGUCGUGCCGUGUACGUGUCCGGUGGGCACCGGCCUUUAAUCAGCAUGUUAUGCACAUGUAUUUGCACUGAGUGAGUGUGUGUGUGUGUGUGUGUGUGUGUGUUUGUGUGUGUGUGUGUGUGUGUGUGUGUUAGACUUCUCAACGGGCCUGAAAAUUACAACCCGAUCCGACCCGGCCCGUGGCUUUCAAAGCCCGAGCCCGAUGUAGCCCGACACAUAAAUAUGAAUUAUCUACCCGAACCACGCACGCGGCCCGACGCUGGCGGUCGAGUGUUUCCAUGUUAUCCAAUGGAGAUGGACGGUCAUUAAGGGCACAAUUAUGUGCAGUGGCCUACCUAACCCACGUAAAAACCUAGUGAAACGAUAUUUUCCACAAUACAAACAUGAUAUAAAUGGGAAAACGUACUGUUCUUGCUAUAAGAAAGGCAGAAUCAUCCACAGAGCAUGAUAGCCUAUUGAACAAUAACCGCUUCAUACACGCUUCACUUUGAUGGCAAUGAGUUGUUAGCUAAUCACAAAGACAUAUAGCCCACUUGCACAGGAACCCGCUCCAUGAUUGCAUGCACGUUGCAUGCAGCAGCCAAACUUACGGUAUAGAUAGAUAGAUACUUUAUUGAUCCCCAAGGUGAAAUUCAUGAUGAUUCGCGGUAAACAGCAGCGAUGAUUAAUACAUGUUUUUUUGUUUUUUUUUCACUGAGCGGAAAAUAUUAAGCCCGAAGACCGACCCGACCCGAGUCAUCCGCUUAUAUUUUUGACCCGAAGCCGCGGGUCCCGUCGGGUUUGUCGGGCCGACCCGACCCGACCCGUUGAGAACUCUAGUGUGUGUGUGUGUGUGUGCGUUUUGUGUGUUGGGGGGUGGCAGGUGACUACAGCAUAGGGAACCUAAGUGACGCGCAUUUGCUUCCGGUCCAUUGGACCUAAAUUGUGAAAAAUUAUGAACGGGAGUCAAUGGAGAGAUAAUAAUUAUUUUUUGGUCUCGUUCGAAUUGUACUGGGCAUUUCACAAAGAUGUGUGUGAAUUUAAAAGAUAUUUUUUCACGUCAAUAAAGUACUGUUGUUCCAUAGACUUUAAAGGUUAUGUUAGUUUUGUGUGAAUCCGCUCAGUGGACUACAGUACAUCUCUCGUCUCAAACGAUUUACGUCACCAACUUGAACGAGAGACUCACUAGUUGGCUGGCGGUUUUGAUAGUUAGCGGUUACAUCUUACUGCCAACUAUGUCAUUUAACGGUAGUUUAUGUACAGUCUAUGGAUAAAUACAACUUAUUUGGUGUGUAUAAUCCUCUGACUCAUGGUAUUUUCACCGGCAAGGGGGGACGCUCAAAUAAGACUUGUUGCUGCUUGUUGGGGCGGAGACUUAGGUUCCCUAUUGUUGUUACUGAGGACCUGAGGGGGAUUGGAGUGUCUACUGACUGUAAUGACACCACCUCCAUUUGUUUAUUUUUAACCAUUUGUAUAUUUUUAACCAUUUGUAUAUUUUUUAACAAUUUGUUAUUUUUAAUCAUUUGUAUAUUUUUAACCAUUGUUUAUUAAAUUCAGGUCACAUUC